AACUGGCGUGCUGAACAACAGAAAAGCACUAUUUAUCCUCAAAAGUUUCGGAUUUAUUGAGUAAAAAUGCCGGACUUGGCGGUAGAAAGGGUCGUCGUUCAUCCUUUGGUGCUACUGAGUGUCGUGGACCAUUUUAACAGGAUUGGUAAAGUUGGCAGUCAGAAGCGAGUUGUUGGUGUUCUGCUGGGCUCGUGGCAGAAGAAAGUGCUUGAUGUUUCCAACAGCUUUGCUGUGCCUUUCGAUGAGGAUGACAAGGAUGAUUCAGUUUGGUUCUUGGACCACGACUAUCUGGAGAAUAUGUACGGCAUGUUCAAGAAAGUCAACGCAAGGGAGAGAAUAGUUGGAUGGUACCACACGGGCCCAAAGCUGCACAAGAAUGAUAUUGCCAUUAAUGAACUCAUGAAACAGUACUGUUCUAAUUCGGUUUUAGUAAUUAUUGAUGUGAAACCCAAAGACCUGGGUUUGCCGACUGAAGCGUACAUCUCAGUGGAGGAAGUGCAUGAUGAUGGAACUCCCACAUCUAAGACAUUUGAACAUGUGACCAGUGAGAUUGGGGCAGAAGAGGCGGAGGAAGUGGGUGUGGAGCAUUUACUGCGCGAUAUCAAGGACACGACGGUUGGCACUUUGUCGCAGCGCAUCACCAAUCAGGUGCAUGGUCUGAAGGGCCUCAACUCCAAACUUCUGGAUAUCAAGAGUUACCUGGAGAAAGUUGCAACCGGCAAACUACCCAUCAACCACCAGAUCAUCUACCAGCUCCAGGACGUGUUCAACCUGCUGCCUGACGUCAACCUGCAGGAGUUCGUCAAGGCCUUCUAUCUCAAAACCAACGAUCAGAUGCUGGUGGUUUACCUGGCCUCGCUCAUCCGCUCCGUAGUGGCGCUCCACAAUCUCAUCAAUAACAAAAUCGCCAACCGCGACGCUGAGAAGAAGGAAGGCCAGGAGAAAGACGACAGCAAGAAAGAAAAGAAGGAUGAGAAGGAUAAAGACAAGGACAAAGACAAGGAAAAGGACGCUUCAGCCAAGAAAGAAGACAAAAAGGAUAAGAAAUAAACUGGCAUGAACUUGGGCUUACACAAACUUGGCUGAAUAACGAGGAAGUCUGCGUUUGUUUGCUUCUCUUGUUUAAAACAAAAAAUCUAUCUAAAUCAGCCGUUGUGUCUGUCUUUUUGAUAUAAAGGACUCGUUUUCUGUUUUGCGAUUCAUUCAGAUCUCCCUCUGAUGGUUGAUGUUUCUGUUUUGACCAAGGUUGAUGUAUUCAACAUUAUAAUCACCAUUAUUAGACCAUCAAGACAGGUGUUAAAGCAAAGUCCAACUGCAGCCGCAUCCUUGUAUUUACACUGAUGAGAUUUUUUUUUUAUUAUUAUUAUAAAAACCAAUGUCAAACAAACUCAUGCAGCUUAACCUGUUUUAUUUCGUUCACUACAUGCAAAGUGUACAGUAACCAAAGCACAUCUGCAAAACAUGUCUAGUUUUCAGCGAAAUCAGAAAUAAAAAGAUCGGCUUUAUAAUAAA